UAUACAUUAUUUUAUUUUCAGCAUGACAGUGGAACUAUUUGUGCUCCAGGUGGAGAUCCAGGUAACUUUAUCAUGUAUCCAAGCGCAACCAAGGGUAACCGUCCUAACAACGACCAUUUCUCCAAGUGUAGUAAGGAAAACAUCACGUUAGUCUUAGACGCCGUAGUGAACGGCAGGAACGGGAAAUACAACUGCUUCAAAUCAUCGGACUCGGCAUUCUGUGGUAACGGUAUAGUAGAGGAAGGGGAGCAGUGUGAUUGUGGCUAUAAAGAUGAUUGUACAGACAAUUGCUGCCACCCUCGGAGCAGCGAUCCAAACGACAAACAGAUGUGUAAAUAUAAAGAUCCUUCAAUUAAAUGCAGUCCAACUGAAGGCCCAUGUUGUACUGACAAAUGUGAUUAUAAACCAGCAAAUAUGAUGGUUUGUCGAGCUGCCACGGACUGUAGCGAAGAGCAAAAAUGCAACGGAAGUAGCGCAAAGUGCCCAAUUCCUAAAAAUAAAGAGGAUAUGACGUAUUGUAUCGAUUAUACUCAAGUCUGCAUAAAUGGGGUGUGUGAAGGGUCCCUCUGUAAAAGAAAAGGUUACAACGAGUCUUCACAUCCUCACUGGCAUCCUACGUGGGAUGAAUGCUACAUAGGAUUGUCGGGGUCUCUCUCUGUUAAACAGAAAGAAAAAUUGUGUUACUUAGCCUGCAAACCAGAUGCCAAUGACACGUGUUAUGUCUCGGAGGGCCAAAAAGGAAUUCCAGAUAUAUUCAGUAACCUAGUUAAGGAAGUAAAGAAUAAGAGAGGAGAUAAUUCACAUAUUUCGGUAGCUUCAGGCACACCCUGUAACAACUAUCAGGGCUAUUGUGACGUAUUCCACAGAUGUAGAGGAGUGGAUAACGAGGGUCCUCUGGAACGACUGAAAAAUUUGAUCUUUGGAGAAGAAACUCUUACCACAAUUAAAGACUGGAUCAUUGAACAUUGGUGGGGUGUAAUGCUAAUUGUAGUCGCGGUUGUGAUUGUGAUGGGCGUCUUCAUCAAAGUUUGCUCUGUUAACACACCGAGCGAAGACCCAAAGCUAAAGAAAUUCAGGAAAAAGAAUAAAAAGGAAAGGGGGCCGGUGAAAAAUCCAGGUCCAUACUACAUAGGAGGUAAUAACAAAGGAAGAGAUGACGGGAGGGGAGCAGUGGGGAAUAACAGGCGAAAUAUGGAACUGAGGAAAGUCUAGACAAAUAUACAGUCAAAAUGUCCAGAAAUGUACAGUAAAAAAGUCCAGACAUGUACAGUGUACAGUGAAACAAGUUUAUAGCGCACAUUGGCAUUGAGCGGUCAUGGACAAUCCUGUUAAAAUAUUUUUUUUCACACAGCACUACAAAUUUAUGAGUACGUUAAUUGGAUAACAAAAAAAAAGAGAUUAUGAAUCGGAUGCAACCGUUUCUGGUAAUUCGCUAUAAACGUGUUUGACUAUAAAUUAUUUUGUCUACAUUAGCAGUUGUAUAUGUUUUGUAACUGAUGAUUUUAUAAUGUGCCAAAUUCUGGUCAAUGUUUUAACUUACUUGCUGUCUCUAGAUCUAGAAUACAUAUUUAUUUCAUUUUGUACUGAAUGACAGAUUUUCGA